AUGUAUACAAUUACAAAUAUUUACGUCCUCGCCGGUUUUGGCACCAUUGGCGGUGCCCUGUUUGGUUUCGAUGUUAGUUCUAUGAGUGCCUGGAUCGGUACCCACCAAUACCUAGAUUAUUUCAAUUCUCCCGACUCGAAUCUGCAAGGAGGCAUCACGGCAUCCAUGUCCGCUGGCUCGUUCGCAGGUGCCCUCGCUGCAGGUUUCGUUUCGGACCAUUUUGGCCGUCGAGGGGCGUUAAUCAUCGCCUCGGUUAUCUGGAUCAUCGGUGCCGUCCUUCAACUCAGUGCCCAGAAUGUCGCCCAUCUCGUGGCCGGCCGUGUGGUGAGCGGUCUUUGCGUUGGCAUCACCUCCUCGCAGGUGUGCGUCUACCUUGCCGAACUGGCUCCCGCUCGCAUCCGUGGUCGUAUUGUCGGUAUCCAACAGUGGGCUAUUGAGUGGGGUAUCUUGAUCAUGUACUUGAUUUCCUACGGCUGCUCUGAGGGGGUAGACGGACCGGCCGCGUUCCGGAUUGCCUGGGGCGUCCAAGCGAUUCCUGCGCUGAUCCUGCUGGCCGCCCUUCCUUUCUUCCCCGAAUCCCCUCGGUGGCUGGCUGGAAAGGAGCGGUGGGAAGAGAGUCUAGACACGUUGGCCCUGCUCCAUGCCAAGGGCGACCGCAACGACCCUGUCGUGCAGGUGGAAUGGGAGGAAGUGCAGGAGGCGGUUCGCUUGGCCCAGGAGUCCAAGGAUAUCUCCUUCCUGUCGUUGUUCGGUCCCAAAAUCUGGAAGCGCACGCUUUGCGGCGUUAGUGCCCAGGUCUGGCAGCAACUUCUGGGAGGUAAUGUCGCCAUGUACUACGUCGUCUACAUCUUCCAGAUGGCUGGAAUGGGCUCUGCGACUCUCUACUCAGCCAUCAUCCAAUACGUCAUCUUCCUCGUCACGACCGGUGUCAUCCUACCAUUUAUCGAUCGCAUGGGCCGUCGGCCUUUGCUGCUGGGCGGUGCGGUGACCUGCAUGGUCCUCCAUUACGCCAUUGCUGGUGUCAUGGCCACAUACGGUCGCCCGGUGGACGAGAUCGAUGGCAACAAGAACCUGCGCUGGGAGAUCGGGGGUGCGCCCGGAAAGGCUGUUAUCUCGCUGUCCUACAUUUUCGUCGGCGUCUACGGUUUCACCUGGGCCCCCGCCGCAUGGAUCUAUGCCUCCGAGGUCUUCCCGUUGAAGUAUCGUGCUAAGGGUGUCGGUCUCUCUGCGGCUGGAAACUGGAUCUUCAACUUUGCGCUGGCUUACUUCGUCGCCCCGUCCUUUACCAACAUCAAGUGGAAGACGUACAUCAUCUUUGGCGUCUUCUGCACGGUCAUGACGUUCCACGUGUUCUUCACCUACCCCGAGACGGCCGAGCGUAGUCUGGAAGAGAUCGAUCUGAUGUUCGAUUCGAACGUGAAGGCAUGGCAGUCGAACAAGGUGCACGACAAAUUCCAAGAGGAGGUCGAGAAGCACCGUCGGGAGAGUGUGGCGGAAAAGGCUGUCGAUUCUAGCCAUCAGGAGGUUGUCUGA